AUGCUGGACACUCCUCGAAGACCAGAACAUGCUGGACACUCCCCGAAGACCAGAACAGGCUGUUUUGACCUCUGGCCUAGUGAGAGCAAGCGAGAGCAUCUCCUUCCUUUGUGUCUGGACAAGACCUAGGUGGAUUACGGAUGGUGGCAGACAUCUUAGGCAGGCAGUGUAGAAUGAGAGGGAAUGCCUGGCUCCUUCCUGACUUGUGGACAUGUGGUGUGGUGACUUGAGGUCUCCAAGGUUCCUCAAGCUGUCAUCCGGAUGAGAGAGAAAAGCAGGUUCUCCCUCAGCGCUGUGGCAACCCUGAGAGCUCAACUCUUACCUGCUUGGGGCUGGUCUUCUGCCAGGAGGGCAGUGACUAGAGCUGGGAUUCUCUCCACUGUCAUUCCUGGGCUGGGGCUGCACUCGACAGGUGGUGUUGCCGGGAACACAGAAAGACUUUGCUUAUACCUGUUCUAGAGAGAUGCCUGUCUCUUGGGAAUGCACCAUGCCACAGGCAUCUGUCGCUGCGUUUUACAGAAGGACCAGCAACUUGGGGCCGGGGAUAUAAGCCCCGCAGGGAAAGCACUGAGCAGAGGAGGAGGCCACAGCCCGACCUGCAGCAGUCCAGCCCUUGGGACUCCUCUCGCCGUCCAGCUGCUCAUCUCCGCUUUCAGAGCUGUUGCCAUGGUGACGGUGCGCAGGCCGUGGCCCGCCGUGGCCACAGUGCUGCUGGCUCUGCUCGCCUGCCUGGGGGCGCUGGUCCACGCCUAUCCCUCCAAACCCGAGGCUCCCGGCGAAGACGCCUCGCCGGAGGAGCUGAGCCGCUACUACGCGUCGCUGCGCCACUACCUCAACCUGGUCACUCGGCAGCGGUACGGGAAACGUGACAGUCCCGAAGCCGUCCUCUUGAAACUGCUCUUCCCCGACGGCGAGGACCGCCGGGUCAAGUCACGGCCAGAAGGCGCGUACAUGUGGUGACGACCCCAAGGCCUCCUGGGAGAUGCGCUAACUGCACCGACCUCGUUUGCAUGUUUGCUCCUGACCCCGGAACCUGGGUUCGCCUCUCGCUGCCUGCUGCGCCUGGGGGGAGGGGGUGCUGGAUGGGGUCUUCAUUCCAGUUCUCCGGGCCCCCAGCCCCUGGGCUGGAGGGCUGUGUGUGGUCUUUCCCUGCUCCCCAAAU